CAAUCUUUCUCUACAACUACUCGACACCUCAUUAGGACAUCGCAAGUCUCAUAUCCCGAUUUUAUCAGAAUCAUGUUCAUCUUAAAUUGGUUUUGGGACGUCCUCGCUCAACUCGGACUCACGAGUAAAUCUGCCAAACUCCUCUUUCUCGGUCUCGACAAUGCGGGUAAAACUACCCUUUUGCAUAUGCUCAAAAAUGAUCGAUUGGCAACUUUACAACCCACCCUUCAUCCCACAUCCGAGGAAUUGUCAAUUGGCAAUGUCAGAUUCACAACCUUUGAUCUAGGAGGUCACAUGCAAGCACGUCGACUAUGGCGAGAUUAUUUCCCAGAGGUGGACGGAAUAGUCUUUUUGGUCGAUAGCGCGGAUACGGAACGAUUUGCCGAGAGUAAAGCGGAGCUGGAUGCUUUGUUAUCAAUCGAAUCACUCGCUAUGGUUCCUUUCCUCAUUCUGGGCAAUAAGAUCGAUGCCAUGGGUGCCGUAUCUGAAGAAGAGUUAAGACAUCAACUGGGUUUGUAUACCACUACCGGAAAGGGCAAAAUACCUCUCCGUGAUAUCCGUCCCAUCGAAGUGUUCAUGUGUUCCGUCGUCAUGCGUCAAGGUUAUGGUGAAGGAUUCAGGUGGUUAUCACAAUACAUCUGAUCAAUUUUGUGAAUAUGAGAUGUGAGAAUUUGGUCAGUAGGUCGGCCGCGGCCAAUGGAAUGGAGAGGUAUGAUACGAAGUAAGAUGAUCACCUGUCAUAGACCACGACCGGGGUCAUGUAUAAUGAAAAUAUAUGAGUG